AGAGCUGCCGCAGCGCCGGAGCCGGAACGGAGCGCGCGAGCGGGCAGGGCGCGAGGAGCGACGGCGGCUGGCGACGCAGCCCAGGCCCGGCACUGCUGCGCCCCUGCCCAGGGCCCGCGCCCCGAGCGCCUGGCCGCGGCCCGACCCCCUGCCGGCCCCCGAGUCCACCCCAGCCCCGCCUAGCCGACCCCGCGCCCGCCCGCCGCGGCCGCCGCUCCAUCCCCUGCCCGGGCCCCGCAGCCAGGCCGCCAGGAUGGACGUGUUCAUGAAGGGCCUGUCCAUGGCCAAGGAGGGCGUUGUGGCUGCCGCGGAGAAAACCAAGCAGGGGGUCACCGAGGCGGCAGAGAAGACCAAGGAGGGCGUCCUCUACGUCGGAAGCAAGACCCGAGAAGGGGUGGUACAAGGUGUGGCUUCAGUGGCUGAGAAAACCAAGGAGCAAGCCUCACAUUUGGGAGGAGCUGUGUUCUCUGGGGCUGGGAACAUUGCAGCCGCCACGGGCCUGGUGAAGAAGGAGGAAUUCCCCAGCGAUCUGAAGCCAGAGGAAGUGGCCCAGGAAGCUGCUGAGGAACCACUGAUUGAGCCCCUGAUGGAGCCAGAAGGGGAAAGUUAUGAGGAACCACCCCAGGAGGAGUAUCAGGAGUAUGAGCCAGAGGCAUAAGGGCCCAGGACGGCCCCCACCAGCAGCACAAUUCCUCCCCUGCCCCGUCCCCCAGAGCCAGGGCUGUCCUUCUACCCCUUCUCCCCAAACACGAGAUCUUCCUUCCGCUCUGAGGCGCCCCCUCGGAGCCUGUGUUGGUGUCUGUCUGUCUGUCCCACCCGCCCGCCUCCAACCCUAGGGCAUGGAUAGGGCCGGGGCUGCGGCCGCCGCUCGCCCCAUCCUGUCCAGUGUCUGCGUGGAUGUAGCAUGUUCUACGUGUUUUUCAAAGAAGAUGGGAAAGCGAUGGCUCCUCCCCUUCCCGCGACAGAGGCUCUCCCAGGGGCCCCCGGGCAGCCCCAGAGCACCCCACCCCACUCCCACAUUGACCCCAAGAGCUUUUUUUUUUUUUUUUUUUUUAACCAAAACCAGGAGCCAGGCUGUGCCAUGCCCCCUCCCUCAGCCGGCCCGGUCCGAGCGAGGGCGUCCUGUGUUGUGAUUGUGGCAUGGAGAGUCCCCCACCGCCCCGUGUGAGCGUGUCCUGGGCGGGCGGGCCCGGCCGCCCCCCACGUGUCCAUGAAUAAAGCCAAUCUGUCUGUA